ACAUCAUCGAGCUCGCAUAUAUAAUAUAAUGAGGCAUGAAGUAAAAAGACUGAAGUUACCUCUAUUGUGUACAUAGAUAAAAAAAAAAGAAUAAAUUGCGUAACCAGCGCGACAAAGCCACGCGCGCACCCGCGAGUAUAUCAAGUUAUCUUACAUAUAUAUGCGUUUGAAACAUUUGCGCGUUGCGAUAUUGUAUAUUAUAUAUUAUGUUAUGUGCUUUAUGAGAAAGAAAAAAAAAGAAGAAUAAGGAAGGUUUGCUGAACAAUGAGCGAGACUUCGCAAUAAAGAGCAAUUUUUGGAAUGAUAAUGAGAAACGUGUUUCUAAUUUAUUUGAGUCGGUGGAAAGAAGAAGAAGAAAAAAAAUAAAUAAAUGUCCAUGCACGGUGAAAUAUAUCACUGUGAAAUGUAUUAUACACAUGCGUGUACACACAUGUAGUUCCAUUCACGUGGGAAUGCAACGCGUGCUGUGUCUAUAUUACAGCCGCGAACUCUCGCGGAAAAGGCUCUUUCCAAUUUCAGUUGGAUAGCGCGACUCUUUGCGAGUGCACAUGCACACGCACCACGUGUGCACGAGAUGAAAACUCGCUCGACGAACAGACGACGAGUCGCCGUCAUCGUCGCUCUGCUGUGCUUCUGCUACGUCGUGGUCUGCACCGAGUCGAAAUUGACCUCGAUAAUUCGCACGAAGAGUGGCCCGGUCCAGGGUGAGAUCCUCGAAACGAUUAGAAAAUCACGGGAGUACGCUUCAUUCAAGGGUAUUCCCUUCGCCGAAAGUCCAGAGGGCGAGUUGAGAUUCAAGCCACCGGUGGAGAAAAACAGAUGGACAGAUGUGUUGCUCGCGACCAGAGAGGGAGACGCCUGUAUGCAGUACGAUGGCUUCAACUUGAGCAUGAUCGGAUCCGAAGAUUGUCUCUAUCUGAAUGUUUAUACUCCACAUACGAAUUUCAAAAGUAUCAACAGGAGCGAUCUCAAAGCCGUGAUGGUUUGGAUUUACGGUGGAGCUUUUUUCUGGGGAUACUCGAACGCCGAGUUGUACGGGCCCGAUUAUUUGAUAGAAAAGGACGUCGUCGUCGUGACGUUCAAUUAUCGUCUAGGACCUUUUGGAUUUCUGAACGUAAAUCACGAGAACGCCACCGGCAAUCAAGGCUUGAAGGAUCAAAAUAUGGCCCUCAAGUGGGUGAACAAAAACAUCGGCCUGUUCGGCGGCGACCCCAAGAAAGUCACUCUGUUCGGCCACAGCGCCGGGGCCAUGUCCGUGGACUAUCACACCGUGUCGGAGAUGUCGCGCGGCCUGUUUCACCGCUCGAUCUCCAUGAGCUCGUUCACCCUGGCCAUAAUGGCACUGGCGAGCAACGUCGAGGCCGAGGCCCAGGGAUUCGCGCUGGGCCUCAAAAUGGGCAUCGUGACCAAGAGCAAGGAUGAACUGCUGAGGCAGCUGCUGGCCAAACCGGCCGACGAUCUGCUCAAAGCUGCCAGAAUAUUUUCCAUCUCCUCGAUUUUCCGACCGACGAUCGAGAGAACUGAGCCGUUCGGCAACGGUGAAAGGUUUUUGAAAAAUUGCGUCCUCAAGUAUUACGAGUCCGGGGACUAUGAGAAAAUGCCCCACAUGCUCGGUUAUACGUCUAACGAGUUCAUAGCUAUGCCUCGUUUGGUCAUUUUCAUCAUCCUUAAUCAUCAGCUGCAGCGAUACUUCAACAUAUCCAUCACCCCGGAAACGCCUUUCUUCGAAGCCAUUCAGUACAUGAACGACAUCCUCAAAUUACCCGGGGCACUUUUCACGAGAUUCUUCAAGAUAACUCUGGAUUACUUGAUACUGGGCAUCGACUCGAAGCAGCGCUUGAUGUCGAAAAACAACGAUCAUCCGAUCUAUUACUACCGAUCGGCCUACAGCGCGGGUCUGUUCAGACGAGCCGGCGAAAUUUUCAACGAUUACGAUGUGGGCCACGCGGAAGACUUGCCCUUCUUGUUUCACAUGCCGACGUUCACGAACUUUUCGCUGAGUGACACCAACGUCACGUCGAUGAUCGACGUUUACACGAGUCUGUGGAGCGACUUCGCCAAGCACGGAAAUCCAACGCCAGCGGUGGAUGGAGCACGGGCGGCGGAAAGUAAUUACGCGAGCAGAAUUUACUGGCCGGACUCGCGAAAAAGCGGCCAGCACUUGGAGCUGAAGCUGCAGCCCGAGGUGAAGAGCAGGCCCAUCAACUGGAGGGUAUCGAUCUACGAGAACCUCGGCCUCGGCACCUCGACUUUUAUCAACGACUGCAACAACGAUUCUUAAUACUACAUCUCCUCUAUAAACGCCCUACAUCUCUUCUCUCUCUUUUUCUCGUUCCAUUAAAAAAGCGGGGGGAGCAUACAGUGUAAAAAUGCAUUUUUCCCCGCAGUCGACUUGGCCUUUUAAUGUAAUCACUCUGCAAUUAUCCACGAGCGAGCUCGCGCAGCCGAUACACACGUAUAAAAUGAAAAGCAAAAAGUACGACGAUGAACAGAUACAGACGCGUACGUACGUACGUACAUAGCUGCAUGUGUGCCUGCAGUCGGUCGGGCUCUCGGGACGAGACGUACAUGCACUGCACACACAUAUAUACAAGAGCCCACGCGUGGCAGGAUUUUUCCAGAGAAACUCGUUAUUCGCAUUUAAUCCGUUUGGCUGCUGGCAGAAACUGCUCGGCUCGCGUCCGAGAGAGCAUGCGAGCUUUACUCCGGCGCGGCCUAGCAAUCCCCUAUAAUAAUAUCGUGUGUACGCCUAUAUAGCCAUACGUACACAUGCAUGCACGUCGCGCGGCUUACUCGCGGACCGCACAAACGCACACGUUGAAAUUUUCAAGAGCGCAAUACCUUUCGCUGCUGCUGCUGCUGCAUGGUAUCGCGCCAGAGACGCGAGUGCAUAUAUAAUACACACGGCAACGCACAACAUCAAAGUAUGCCUACAUGCGCAAGAGCUGCAUACGUACGUGCACACAUGCAGCUCACACACACACACACACACGGCCGCCGACUCGUUUCCGGUUUACCCCACCUCUCACGUGUGCAGCUGCCUAUAUAGGCUAUAUAGGUGGUACAUGUACACAGACGAUAUUCUAUGUGUGCGCGAGAGAUCGAUACCGAGAGACACCCGUGCGUCCCGUGCACGCGGCUCUGCGGAGGUUGCGACGACGAUCAUAUUAUACGCGCAGCAAAUGCUCGCGUACUAUAUGCACGCGAGAGAGCCGCGCGCGAGAGAGACGGAGAAUACUCGAUUACCUCGAUCGGUUCUCGACUCGCUUCUGCCGUCUCGACGACUCGACGAGCAACAAAAUGAAAUAAAAUUAAAAGAAAUAAAUAAAUAACAAAGCCGCGGCUCGAUGAAGGAAGGGGGGUAUGUACUCGAGACGUACACACGCACGCAUCACGCACACUUACACACGCGAGCUUCGGAGCAUAUUACGUGUAUAUAGGUAUAUACGCCAAGCCGACGACGAUAAUAAAUUUCAGAAGGUGCGAGGAUAACAAUUUCGUGUUAUGCGCGCAUACGUAUACGCGAGCGCGUCUGAGCGAGCGAGAGAAAGAGAGAGAGAGAGAGAGAGAGAGUGAAGACGAGGAGAAGAAAUGCAGUAGUGGGCCUAAGACUGGCGUGCAAAGAAGUGACCCUUCCCUCCGAGCGUGAGCGAGCAAGAGCCGAGUCUCGCGAGAGCUUCGACAAAAGGUGUUGAUUUUGAUUGAUGGCUCGCUUUUGGACUUUUAUUAUUUGUGCGCGCCGCGACGGCCGACCGACUCGACCAUCUCUAAUGUAGCGGCUUAAUUACUUACUUAUAAGUCAUGCUUCUCUCACAUGUGAGCGCAGAUAUCGAUUAAACAAUUUUUUUUGCCA